GCCAUCGGUCAGAAAGUCUGACCAGUCCACUCAAUUUAACUUUAAUUCCAGCUAUCUUUUGCCGAAGGCUUAUGCACGCUAUGUAUCACCUUUCGGCAUGGCACUACUUAUAAGUUCAAACUUAACACACCUACCAAGGACGACAAUCCACACAUAGCUACUAGUCCAGCUCACAUUCUAACAACCAUGUCUGCAACUAUCAGCCCAAAGAGCGCCUUGAAGAUCGUAAUGGGUGCUAUGACGUUUGGCGUAGAAGGAUCUGAAGGCGCUCGAGUUCAUGAACUCAAAGACGUGGAAACUAUCCUCGACAUCUUUCAGAGCCAUGGGCACAAUGAGGUCGACACUGCACGCAUUUAUGCAUUCGGUACCAGUGAAGAAUAUCUCGGAAAAAUCAACUGGCAGAACCGGAGUUUGAUCAUGGACACCAAGCACUAUCCUCAUUCUCGGAUGGGCCGUCCUACUGAGGAGGGCCAGUUGUGCGAUCACUCCCCAGAGGUGAACCCAUUCCGCUUCCUGCAUUCCGUUGCUAUGAUUAUUUAUGCUUGGACAUUCAAGGGUUUGCGCCUGAAUCUUAUGGCAUCCUUGAAGGCCCUGAACACUGACAAAGUUGACAUGUGGUAUCUCCACGGUCCCGACCGCACUAUACCAUACGAGGUCACUCUAAAAGCUGUUAACGAACUGUACAAAGAAGGGUAUUUUAAAGCUUUUGGCAUCAGCAAUUAUAUGUCUUGGGAAGUAGCGCAAAUAAUGGAAAUAUGCAGGUCAAAUGGGUAUAUCCAACCUACUGUGUACCAAGGCGUUUACAAUGCGAUACAAAGAACCGUAGAACCGGAACUGUUCAGCUGCUUACGCAAAUAUGGUAUAAGCUUCUACGCCUUCAGUCCUCUUGCAGGAGGCUUCUUUACUGGUCGGUACAUCAACCAAGACGAUCAGGCUGAGGCAGGUAGCCGAUUUGAUCCUGGCAGAAUCCAGGGCAAGUUCCAUCGUAACAGGUAUUGGAAUAACACCUACUUUGCUGCUGUCAAGUUGGUCCGCGAGGUUGCUGAAGCGUACAAUUUGACGGUGCCUGAAGUGGCUUUGCGGUGGAUCUCUCACCACAGCUGUCUGUCUCGUGAAACUGGCGACGCAGUGAUUAUCGGAGCAUCUAGUGCGAAGCACACGGAGCAGGUAUGGUCAUGUACAUAAUUUCUGGCUCAACACAUACGAAUCGAUCAUUUUCAGAACCUUUUGGAUCUCGAAAAGGGCCCUUUAC